AUAGUUGCAUUAUGAAAACAAUUGUCUAAACAAGUCCCGAGUGUGCAAAGCUGAACUCGUAAACUAUGAAUUGGAAAGAGGCUAUCCCGUUUUAAAAGGACGAAGGGAGGAGGGUCAAAUCUGCCAUGGUAACAGAGUCGAAUUGUAUGGUUGGGUGAAAGCUAUCCGCCUCGUGACGUUGCGCUGGCAGUGUGACUGGAAUGAGGAUUUGCUAAAUAGGGCUCUAGUGCCAGUCCGGGAGAGCAUGCAUAGCCUAGCUACCUAAAGGAGCAAGAUAGGUAACGCCACUUGUUGAGUUGCAUGCAAAGGCAUUAUACAUUCGUGAGACAAUUUAGGAGCCGCAAUAAUUGUAGAUGUUGCUUUGAAUUCUUUGGAUGUCGAUUCUCAGUAAGCAGAAGCCUAUCAUCAACAGUUUUGAUACAAUUAACCUUGACGUGAAAUAAAUCAUUUUAGCAGCAGGGCUCAACUGCGUCCAACCAGUUUAUCUUCAGGGCUUGCAGGCAGUUUAACUAAUUGCACAAGUGGUAGGGCCUACAGAUAAAGAGAGAAAAAAGGUGAGCAUGAGCUGGAGGGGCUGUCUAAGAAUCAAGUAAAUAGAAUUGGAGCUGCUGGAAGCACUUGUGGUGUGUCGUCGGUGACGUCACCGCUCUACAUUGAGCUUGAGCUGUGAGUUGUAGUGCGAGAUAGAUUGAGGCGCGCCGUAGUAAAGUACACAACUGCAAUGAACUUCUCAAUGUAACUUGGCUGUUUUAAGGCUGUUUGGCUAGAGGGAAAAUACACAAUUAUUCGCGAUUCCUUUUUUUUCUACAGAAUAAAAAGAAUCCCAGGGAGAUUUGGAGAAUUUGGUAUCCACUUUUUCGAAAACUAUGUCGUCCGCGGCUGUAGCUGCUUCGAGGAGGCAGUCGUGUUAUUUGUGUGAUUUGCCCCGCAUGCCAUGGGCGAUGAUCUGGGAUUUUACCGAACCUGUUUGCAGGGGAUGUGUCAAUUACGAGGGAGCCGACCGGAUUGAGUUUGUAAUUGAGACUGCCCGACAGCUGAAGAGGGCUCAUGGCUUCCAGGACGGGAGAUCUCCCGGGCCAGGCAAACCUCAGCACUCGGGGAAGGAAAUUCAGUCCCACAACCAUUCGGCUGGAGACCCCGGCUCGCGUCCGCCUCAGCCUCUGGAUCGCUAUCCCCUCUCUGACCGACCGCCAAGGUUGGGACCGGAGUACCAACCGGGGAGGCAAGUUAACGGCAUCCCUGUGCCAAAUGGAUUUCCAAAACCCGACGACCCGCCGGAGCUGAACCGCCAGAGCCCCAACCCUCGCAGGACUAGCACGGUUCCUCCCAAUUUGGUGCCUUUAGUAAACGGAAACAUGGGUCCAGUACACGCACUCAAUGGUCGGCCCGCUCAAAUGGGUAUGCCGGGCGCAUUGAAUGUUCCUGGUCAAGGCGACCACGGCAAGCGCGGGGAGGAUAUGAAAGACAAGCAUAGACCGGAUAGCAUGUCGGACAUGUCGGAGAGCCACAAGCGGGCGGAGGAGUGGAUGGGCAAAGGCAAAACAGUGAGGGAUUUGAUGGCUCUCCACACAUUCGACAGCAGGUUCAAGAAAGACCAUGCGGCGAUGCAGCGCGUUAUGGGAUAUGAGUCAAGUGCAACUUCUUCAAAACCAGACCGAGGGAAGCACCCACGGAGCAUGAAGAGGAAAGCCUCCCCUGAGCCGGAUGGCGAGGGCUCCGCCCCCAAGAUGAACGGCGGCGAGGGCCAGCCGUGGUUGCCGUCUCCCUCAGAGGUCCUCAAGAUGCCCCCGGCCUCCCUGCCAGGCUUCUCUGCCGCUCCACCCUCCACCAUCUCCCCCCACAGUCGCACCACCCCUCCGGAGGCGGCCACGGCACAGAACGGCCAGUCGCCCAUGGCAGCACUCAUCCUCGCUGCCGACAAUGCCGGCAACACUGGCUCGCCCAAGGACGCCAACCAGGUGCACUCCACCACGGCAGCGGGUCGGCGCAACAGCGGGAGCCCACUGUCCCCGUCCUCUGCAGGCCAGCGGCGGCUGACCCAGAGGGAGGUGGUGGCCACGGCCCACUCGCAGGGCAUGGACCCUCACGGGGCGCUGCCGCAGAGCAUUCCAGACUCGUCGGUGCCGGGCAGCGUGCCACUGUGCUGCACACUGUGCCACGAGAGGCUGGAGGACACGCACUUUGUCCAGUGCCCAUCGGUGCCCUCACACAAGUUCUGCUUCCCUUGCUCUCGGGAGAGUAUCAAACAGCAGGGGGCCACGGGAGAGGUGUACUGCCCCAGCGGGGAGAAAUGCCCACUGGUGGGCUCCAACGUACCAUGGGCCUUCAUGCAGGGUGAAAUAGCCACCAUCUUGGCAGGGGACGUGAAAGUAAAAAAGGAGAGAGACCCUUGAUUUUUACCAGCUUCUUUUUUUUUCUUUUUUUUUUUUUUAACUACCACAACAAACAAACAACCAACAUGUACACCAUUACAAAUGAAUAUAAAUCCUCGUACCAUGCAUACCAUCCAAGAGAAACUGAUGGACAUGUACAUAUUGGACACAAGGGAAGUUGUAUACUUCUUAAACAUGGCUGUAUAAUUUUUUUUGAUUAUUUUGUUUUUCAAUACAUUGUGUUUCUAUAUUUUUUUUGAAGAUAAAGGUAUGUACUCAUCAUAACAGACUACUUUCCUCUUCCCUCUUUUUUUCAACGUCCUAUCGAUGUACUUUUUAGUUCUGGUGGCAGUCCCUGUUAAACAUAGAAUGUGACUAACUAAUAUGACUCUACGAGCACUUGGCAAACUGAAUUGCUUCUAGCUGUACUUGUAUGCACUUGUUUAAAAAAAACUUGCCAAAUACAAUUUCUGACCUUGUAAUAAUAA